AUGGCAGCUCUUCGAACGUUACGCCCUUCGGCUCUGCCAGCGGGCAUCCGUCAAAUCCUCACCUCUCCUCGCAUCAUGUCCUACUCGACCCCCUCCUCAGCACAAUCAUCCACCACGCCUCCGCCAAAGUCAUCAGUCUCCGAGACCGAAAUGUCACACUUCUCCGCCCUCGCCUCGUCAUGGUGGGAUCCUGAAGGUCCUUCACGCAUUCUCCACGAAAUGAAUCCUCUCCGCCACGUCUUUAUCCAACGCUGCCGAUCGCUAUAUCCAACCGAUGUCACAAAAGCGCCAAAGAAGCUCCGCUAUCUCGAUGUUGGCUGUGGUGGUGGCAUCUUUGCCGAGUCAGCAGCGAGACUUGCUGACACAGAGUCGGUCACGGCGAUCGAUCCGACGAUAGAGGUCUUGGCCGUGGCCAAGAAGCAUCAGAAGAGCGAUCCUCUGUUGUGCGAACCGGGAAGAUUAAACUACAUCAAUACUGCUAUCGAAAACUUGCCCCUACCAGCCACACCAGACCAAGGUGUAGAUGUCUUGUCUGUGUUUGAGGUCAUUGAGCAUGUCACGCACCCUGCUCCCUUCCUCGCCAAUUGCAUGCCUCAUGUCAAGCCUGGAGGCUGGUUGGUUCUCAGUACCAUCAGCAGGACGUGGGCGAGUUGGUUCACUACAAAGCUGGUUGCCGAGGAUAUCAUGCGUAUCGUGCCGCCAGGUACCCACGAUUGGCAUCAGUACAUCAACGUUGACGAGAUGAAGGCUUGGGCAGCCAAGCAACCAGGUUGGAGCAAUCCCAUGACUAUGGGCGUUGUCUAUAUUCCUGGAUUUGGCUGGAAGGAGAUUCAGGGCAGCGAAGGUUGGGGCAAUUACUUCUUUGCUAUUCGAAAAAACGCUUGA